AUAUCUAGUCAUUGUAAACAGAGACGUUGUGGGUUUUUCCUUCUCUUUGGCGUCUAUAUUUGGAUUACGAUAGAACAGACAUAUAAGGAAAUAGUCUACAAGAAGACAUUACUACCUAUCAUUUUGAGCAUUCUUUUUGUAGCGUGAAUUGGGAAAUUCAAUACAUGGCACAAUUACUUACAGCGCCUGCCAUCCCGCUUUCAUGGCCUACUGAUACAGGAUUUGCAAAGGGAAGGAUCACGCUUGGAGAAAUUGAAGCGCGCCAUGUUUCAGCGUUAGAAAAGAUAUGGAGUUUCACCGGAAGCAGUAAUAAGAAAGGGGCUGCACUCUAUAAGCCCGUUGACAUUCCUCCUGGUUAUUUUAUUCUGGGUCAUCACUGUGAGGGCAACACCGAAUUGCUUCAAGGCUGGGUUGUUGUGGUAAAGGACAUUAAUGAAAACAAGGAGGGGUCCUCAUCCCUUCCCCCACUAGAAAAACCAGUGGAUUACUCGCUGGUAUGGAGUAGCAAGUCAGGGAAAGGUAAAAAGGGGGAAAAUGGCUUCUUCUGGCGACCAAUCGCCCCUCAAGGGUAUAAAGCUCUGGGCUACCUGGUCACAAAAGUUGCGGAUAAACCAUCUUUGGAAGAGCUCAGAUGCGUUCGAUCAGAUCUAACUGGAGUUUGUAAGACUGACAGCGGCAUCUGGAGUCAGAAAAAAGACGGUGAUUCAAUCCAAGUGUGGAAUGCAAUGCCAGAUCCAGAAAAGCAAGAAAAUGGGGUAUUUGCAGGGACGUUUUAUUGCACCACAAGUACAAAAAAUGAAAGUUCUGAGUUUCCGGUGGCUUGUCUACUGAACAUGAAUUCUCCUCUGACGGGAAUGCCAAGUCUGGAUGAAGUGCAUUCAAUUAUAGGCAAGUAUGGCCCCUCUUUGUUUUGCCAUCCCAAGGAGACCUAUUUCCCCUCAUCUGUUUCGUGGUUUUUCAGAAAUGGGGCAUUGUUGUACAAGAAGGACUCAUCCACGCCCGAAGCAAUUGCAGAGGACGGUUCCAACCUCCCACAGGGUGGUUCAGCGGACGGCGAGUACUGGAUUGAUCUGCCUAAAGACUCUGCCAAAGCAAAAAUGGUGAGGCGUGGAGAUUUAGAGAGCGCAGAGGCGUAUGUACAUGUGAAAUCAGUACUAGGAGGAACAUUUACCGACGUUGUAAUGUGGGUGUUUUACCCCUUCAACGGCCCGGGCACUCUGCUGUUGCUCAAGGCACUGUCAAUACCGCUGCCUAAAAUUGGGGAGCAUGUGGGUGAUUGGGAGCAUGUGACUUUAAGGAUAAACAACUUCGCAGGUGAGUUGUGGGGUAUUUAUUUGUCUCAGCACAGUGGGGGACGGUGGGUUAAAGCUGGGGAUUUGGAAUACGUUGAGGGGAGUAAGAAAGCUGUGGUCUAUUCUUCCAAAAAUGGGCAUGCUUGUUUUCCUCGGGCAGGUGUGGUUGUUCAGGGGAGCCAAAAACUUGGAGUGGGCAUCGCCAACUACUCAAAGAAGAGUACGUAUUUUGUGGAUACGAGCACAAAGUAUAAAAUUGUGGCUGCAGAGUACCUGAAGGGGAUGGGGAGCAAUGAAAAAAUUACAGAACCAGCGUGGUUGAAUUAUGCAAGGAAAUGGGGACCCAAGAUUAAAUAUGCCGCUUCAGGGUUACUGGGAUCAAUUAAUUUGCCUUCUGAGCUUUCGGGGCAGGAUGGACCGACUGGACCCAAAUGGAAAAGCAGCUGGUAUGGAGAUGAAAAGGUAAAAGACGUAUUCUAAGCAUACUUUGUGUUGUAAGAAGACAUAUUCAAAGUAAAAAAUGUGGGGUUUGCCUCUGAGUAGAUUGUAGGAAUGUUCGACCCUGGAUUCGCGCGGAUGUACCUUCUCCGAUUCUUCGGAACGUGUAAUUUUAUUCAUCACAUUUGCUGGAUU